AGACGCCAAGACCACGCGAUCAGAUAGGACCAAAAGGUCAUCAGACAAAAAAGGAAGAAGAAGCGACGUCAUCAACAGCUUAUCACAAAUCGCAUCUCGACCUUUCGCGAUCCUAAUCAUGAGGAGAAAACAGGAUGUCAAAAGAACACGCGUACGAAUGACACCUGCAACGAAAAGAGUAGAAGAGAUCCGAACUUCGAAGUGGCAGCAACAAAAGGCACGAAAAAGCGAUCACGAAACCGAAGCAGCGAACCUGUGGAACAUGGGCUCCCAAGCUAAAAUCAGAACAAUCACAACCAUACGUCAUGGGCCGCAUCGGAACUCACCAUGA